UCUGAAUUUUGGUUGGAAUGCAAUUCGGAUUAAUCACCUAUGUAUUAGUUCAAUUAGGAUUAAUGAUGUCUUAUAUCAAUUGAUUCUUGAUUUAGCUAUUGUAUGUUAUAAUUAUAUUUAAUUAUUUACCGUAGAAAAUUAGAAUGAUAUGUGUUGGAGUACACGAUCCAAGUCAGCAGCCAGCUCAUCAGUUUGUUACAGCACAGUCAGCAGAAGAACAGCUCAGCAAAUAAGUUUGUUAGAGUUUGUUAGAUUUCUGUAACAAACUUUUGUAUAAAUACGAUUCUUGUACUGUAAUAAUUCAUUCAAUAAUAAAAACUUCUUUUCUUCUUCUCCAAGUUUAUUUCUCUCUCUAUUUUCUGGAGAAAUUCUCCAAGCUAAAGUUCAGUUGAUGAACUUCAACAUGGUAUCAGAGCAAUUUUGAUCCAAAUUCCGCAUUAUCUUCUUCAAAUUUCUUUGUUCUUCUUCUUUCUAAAUUUGUCUUCAGAUUUUUCUCUUGAUAUUUUUCUGAUUUUGAUCGAUUUUGAUCAACAAUGGCACCACGAAAUUCUGGAAAUUCAGAAACAAAUGGAGAAAGCGAUUCUACACAGAAUCCUAAUUCAGCUUACUAUUUGAGCAAUUCAGAUUUAUCAACAACAAAAUUAGUCAAUAUUGUGUUUGAUGGAAGUUGCUUCAAUGAUUGGAAACGAUCAAUGAUCAUUGCAUUAUUUGCCAGAAACAAGCUGAGUUUUGUUGAUGGAGGUUUGAAUCAACCUUCUAAUAACUCACCAAACUUCAAAAUCUGGAUCAGAGUUAACAAUUUGGUGAUUUCCUGGAUUUUGAAUUCACUUGAUCCUUCAAUUGCUCGAAGUAUUCUUUAUCUGAAGACAGCAAGGCUAAUUUGGCUGGAUUCGGAAGAGAGGUUUAGUCAGUCUUCUGGACCUCAGUUGUUCUCAGUUCAACAGCAGAUAGCUGACAUUUCUCAGACUGAAACUGAAGGUAUUCCUGAAUUUUACACUAGAAUUAAGCAAUUAUGGGAUCAAUUAGAUGGUUUAGAACCUUUGCCUGCAUGUGUAUGUACUGGUUGUAAUUGCAAUUUGACACAGCAAUUACUUAAGUCUCAGCAGAAUCAAAGACUUGUUCAUUUUCUGAUGAAAGUUCAUGACAAGUAUUCUCACAUUAAGAGUACUAUUCUUAUGAUGAAUCCCUUGCCAACUGUAUCUAAGGCAUACAGUUUGUUGCUUCAAGAACAAACUCACAUGAAUUUGAGUAAUAUUAAGAAUCAAAAACUUUCAGAAUCUGCAGCAUUCUAUGCUAAGAGGUUCAAUGACAGCAGAAAUCAGUUCAAUAGCAACAGAUUUCCUAUUACUGGUGGAAGUGCAGGACAAUCUUCAGAUCUGAAUUCUAGUGGAUCAAACACCAGAAAUUUUGUCUAUACAAGAAAUAAUCUGUAUUGUGAUUAUUGUAAGAUGAGGAAUCACACCAAGGAUAAGUGUUUCAAGCUACAUGGAUAUCCUUCAGAUUUCAAGAACAAAGGCAAAAAGAUAGCAGCAGCAGCUCAGCUAGAUGAUUCUACUGUCUCUGAAUCUGCAAAUUUGGUGAAUCUGUCUGUUACUCAAGAUCAGCACAAACAGAUUUUACACUAUCUUGAUAAGCAACAGUCAGCUGAGCAAGGUGAACUCUCUGGAGGUUCAAGUUCCCUUGGCUUAGCUGCAACUUCUCAUUUGGCAGGACCCUUCUUUGACCAGUCCAAUAGUGCUUGGUAGAUUGGAAAGAGGCCUUUACAGUCUUAAUGAAGAUUCCUUAAGUUCAAAUAAUGCUGCAGAUUUUAGACACUAUAGUCUAGCAGCAGUUGAAGAAGCCAAACUUUGAC